CGUUCGUGUCUCUCACCUGCCACCCUCUCUCCUUUGCUUCCCAGGAUGCCGAUGUACCAGGUAAAGCCCUAUCACGAGGGCAGCGGAUCUCUCCGCGUAGAGCUUCCCACCUGCAUGUACCGGCUCCCCAACGUGCACGACAGGACCGGCAGCCCGGCGCCGUCCGCCGACCACGUGCAGGAAGCCUCGGACCCGUCUCUUCAAGCUCUUGAGUCCCGCCAAGAUGAUAUUUUAAAACGUCUGUACGAGUUGAAAGCUGCAGUCGAUGGUCUGUCCAAGAUGAUUCAGACACCAGAUGCGGACUUGGAUGUAACCAACAUAAUCCAGGCUGACGAGCCAGCUGCUCUGUCGACCAGCGCGGUGGACUUAAACACCAUGCUCGGACAGGACCACGGGGCGCUGAAGGACAUCGUGAUCAACGCCAACCCCGCCUGGCCGCCGCUGUCCCUGCUCGUGCUGCACCGGCUGCUGUGCGACCACUUCCGGGUCCUGUCCUCGGUGCACACGCACUCGGCCGUCCGGGGCGUGCCGGCCCACCUCCUCCAGUGCUUUGGUGAGCAGACGAGGCAGCGGCCCCGCCACGAGUACCAGCUGGGCUUCACCCUCAUCUGGAAGGACGUGCCAAAGACACAGAUGAAGUUCAGCGUUCAGACGAUGUGUCCCAUUGAAGGGGAAGGGAACAUCGCCCGCUUCCUGUUCUCGCUCUUUGGCCAGAAGCAGGAUGCUGUGAACUUAACCCUCAUAGAUAGCUGGGUGGAUAUAGCUAUUUUUCAGCUGAAAGAGGGCAGCAGUAAAGAGAAGGCCGCCGUGUUCCGCUCCAUGAACUCUGCCCUCGGGAAGACCCCCUGGCUAGUGGGGGAUGAGCUCACGGUGGCCGAUGUGGUGCUGUGGUCUGUGCUCCGGCAGACGGGGGGCUGUGGGGGGACGGUGCCAGCCAACGUGCAGAAGUGGAUGCGGGCCUGCGAAAACCUGGCCGCUUUCCACACGGCCCUCAAGCUCCUUCAGUGAAGCUCGGCCGCUGAUCUUCAAGGGUUUUGAUCUUAAGAAUGGUGCUGCUUCGUGCCUAUUAUUGGUAAAGGGACUCGUACUAAAAUCAAAGCCUUUAUUUAGGCCAAGGGUCAAGUAUCAAUAAAAGCAUCACAUAAUUAA